GGAACCUGCCAGGGACUAUGCUGAUUCUGAGAUGGAGACACCCCGACUCUUUGCCUUGCUGCUAAUUGUGCUGGAGUGGACUCGGCCUGGCCUGCCCUCCCCACUGCGGCCCAUCUGUGACCUGCGUGUCCUCGACCACUUUAUUAAACAUGCGCGGGAUGCUGAGGCUGCAAUGAGGGUUUGUAAAGAGGAAUGCAACACUGGUGUACCUCUGACAGUUCCUCUGACCAGAGUGGAUUUUGUUGUGUGGGAAAAGAAAAACUUAGAGGAGCAGGCUCGGGAGGUCCAGAUGGGACUAUGGCUGCUAAACAUGGCCAUCAGCUCAUUAAGUUCAUCAAUCAGCAACUCUGCACUGCACUCACACAUAGAUGCCAGCAUCAGAAACAUUGCCAGCAUUAGACAGGUUCUGCGCAGCCUUAGCAUACAGGAUUAUGUUCCUACAGCUGGUAGUAUAGAUGUCCAGGAUACAUGGAGAGUGUCCUCUGCGUCAGAACUCUUCCAGGUCCAUGUCAACUUCCUGCGUGGAAAAGUGCGUCUUUUGUUGGCCAACGCACCCGUAUGCCAGCAUAACACCAGCUGAUUGGAGCACUACAUACAAGGACCCAUUCGUUUUGUCUGGUCUAUGAUAGAUGGCAGAGCACUGUACCAUGGGCACUUAUUAGGACUGUUAAGGACUGAAGGAUGUCAGGACUUAUAGCACUUUGAAAGUUCUCAUGACGGGGGACAAGAGGGGCAAAAUAUUUAACUUUAUUGACUAGCUGCCCUUAGGGUGUAGUUCUCUUCACUGCUGCCACGGCCAGCACUGUACACUUUCUGUAUGUGACGCAGCUAGUCACUCUCGUCUUCCCAACUGACUGACACGGUUUUAUCACAGAUGUGUUCGAGGCAUGCCUUAUCUGUCACCACUCUUGCUUUGUCAAGGUUUUUUAGGAUUUCACUGUAUUUGUAUACAUUUUAUGAUGUUUAGUAUUUAUAUUGACGUGUAUUACUAUUCGGUCUUUGGCAGGUUUCUUGCUAAAAGUUGGAUAAAUUAUGAGGAAGCCACCUGCUUUCUGUCUGAGCCUUUUUAGUAAUGCACUGCUGCUUUUAUAUGGUAUAUAUUGUGUGUGAAUGAGUGAGUGAAUGUGUGAGCGGUUUGUGGAAAGUUUGCGUGUAAGAGAGAAGAUAUCAGUGGACACACUGUUUACAGGUCAUUUCUGAUGAUAAGAAGAGAGACCAAAAAGUUGUAUUUUUUGGUUGUGGGGGAAUGUUGGGGGAGGGGGGUAUUGUAAGGA